CUUGUAACUAGCGCCCCGCCCCCUGUCUUUUCAACUUCUUGUCAACAAGUAAUUUCGUUUGUUUACGCCAUCAACAGAAAUAUGCGUUUCCUCCUCUGUUGUCAUGAUUCCAUUUCAAACCGUUUGCCUUUUUUCUAUUUGUUGUCGGCGUACUAUUAAUGCCAUGAAUUUGAAGCUCGUCUGAAAGUCAUACGGAUAUGGGCCGGUGGGAGUGGGAAUCUGUCAAAAAGGACCAUCUACCAUUCAGACUUCAGAGACACGCCUCCCAAAAGCUGGAGAGUGAACUAGUUAGUUCGUUGAGAGCUAGAAAGGAAAAAAAAAAUAUCAUCUUGUCUAAUACUAGUACUAAUAGUCCUUCUAUUAAAAUUUCUCCCUCGUUUCAUUUCUUCACAUUAUCGAGCAAGCAACUACCAGAACUCCCCUUCCACCCAAAGCUAUACAAGGUCUCAGGUCCACCAUGAACUUCAUUCGUCUUCACGGCGCUGCGCUCGUUUCUUUUCUUUGCAUUUCAGGACAGAGCUGCUCUGUUUUUGGCACUUCUUCAUGACCCUUCUUUAAAGCUCUAUCCUCCAAUUCUCGAAAAUUUAGCUGCUUGUUCCGGAGGGUAUUAACUCGUGUCCAAGAGAUUUUGAGCAAUAUCAAACUCCACCACUUCCAAUUUCAGAGGAGGAGAGAGCCCAACAGAAGAUAACAGCAGUAAUACCCACAAAAACCUGUCAAAUGGCAUACCGCUUUCCAACAACUCCGGCCAGUGAACUUCACAUGAUGACCAACAGCCGUGCCAUCCUGAUUACAACCCAUGAUGAUGAACAGAACGAGUGGAGCAUCGCGCUUGCUUUUGCCAGCCGCAUCGUCAUUUAUGUCGCAAUCUUGGCCUUGCUGAUGAUGAUUGUUGCACUGAUCAUUAAACUUUUGGGACAUUGCGAUGGAGAUGCUAGCAGUAGUAGCAGCAGCAUUCACCGCCAGGCCACGGCGGCUCGGGCUGCAACUGAAACUAAUACAUUGCUAGCAAAAGAGGUGGUUCCAUUCACCUAUGGGACCUGUGAAGAAGAUUUAGAGUCUGCAAAAUGCAGUAGCAGUCCCUCGGACGAUUUAUAUGAUGGAAAGAUUUGUGUAAUUUGCUAUGACGAGCGAAGAAAUUGCUUCUUCAUCCCUUGUGGUCACUGUGCUACUUGUUCCAUUUGUGCCCGAAGGAUUACCGAAGGGGAAACCAAGACUUGCCCUGUAUGCCGCAGAUAUAUUCACAAAGUAAGAAAGCUGUCCAUUUCCUGAAAUGAUGCCCCGUCAAAUUUUGCUUCAGUUCUUUUAUUUUUUCCUUUUCUUUUCUCUUUAGUUGUAAAUAGACUGUUUGUGUAGUUUGUUUGUCGGAAAAUCAGAAAACGAUGUAAAUGGGCCUUUAUUAUUGAGCCUUUUCUGCUGUACAAACUCGCCCUGAACGAACUAUGGGGCAAGUUUUCUUUUUUCUACCUUUCCCCAUCUGUACAUAAAUGGGCAGUGGAAGCUACAUUUCUACUCUUCUUGCCAGAAGCCCAAGCCCAACGUAUGAAUGUAGAAAAGGGCUAAAAUGUUGUUGGCAAGUUAAAUUAAGACAAGAUUAGUGGAGUGCGAUUGUCUA